UCACAUGGAGGCUAUCAUGGCUCUUCCAACCCCAUGUUGUUUUUGUAUCUCAAAAGUCCACAUUAUGCAACAUAGUAGUAACUAGAUUCUGCUUUGCUUCCAAAGUUAAACUAGAUGAUUGGCCAUGAAUGCUAGUGGUCCAGGAUAUCCAUUAGCUUCUCUCUAUGUGGGCGACUUGCAUCCAGAUGUGACUGAAGCCAUGUUGUUUGAGAAGUUCUCACCUGCUGGACCCAUCAUGUCCAUCAGAGUUUGUCGAGAUGUUGCCACACGACUAUCUCUAGGUUAUGCCUACAUAAAUUUUCAACAGCCUGCUGAUGCUGAACGGGCCUUGGACACCAUGAAUUUUGAAGUCAUAAAAGGUCGACCCAUUCGUAUCAUGUGGUCCCAGCGAGAUCCAGGACUCAGGAAAUCAGGUGUUGGGAACAUCUUCAUCAAGAAUCUGGAUGAUUCCAUUGAUAACAAAGCCUUAUAUGAUACAUUCUCAGCUUUUGGAAAUAUUCUUUCUUGCAAAGUUGUUUGUGAUGAGAAUGGAUCUAGGGGUUAUGGCUUUGUCCAUUUUGAGACUCAUGAGGCAGCAAACAGAGCGAUUGAGACAAUGAAUGGAAUGCUGCUAAAUGAUCGCAAGGUAUUUGUUGGCCACUUUAAGUCCCGCCGAGAGCGUGAAGCAGAAUAUGGAGCCAAAGCAAUGGAAUUCACUAAUGUCUACAUCAAGAACUUUGGAGAUGACAUGACUGAUGAGAGGUUGCAAGAAAUAUUCUCAAAAUUUGGAAAGACCUUGAGUGUCAAAGUCAUGAUGGAUAAUACAGGCCGCUCAAAAGGGUUUGGUUUUGUCAAUUUUGAGAAGCAUCAAGAUGCUCAGAAGGCUGUUGAGCACAUGGAUGGAAGGGAGAUCAAUGGCCGAACGGUGUUUGUUGGCAGAGCUCAAAAGAGGAUUGAGCGACAAAGUGAGCUGAAGCGUAAAUUUGAGCAAAUCAAGCAGGAAAGAAUGAGCCGAUAUCAGGGAGUGAACUUGUAUGUAAAGAACUUGGAUGAUGGGAUUGAUGAUGAGCAGUUGAGGAAAGAAUUCUCACCCUAUGGAACCAUCACAAGUGCCAAGGUGAUGACGGAGGGAGGACACAGCAAAGGUUUUGGGUUUGUAUGUUUUUCUUCCCCAGAAGAAGCAACAAAGGCUGUGACUGAAAUGAAUGGGCGCAUCGUCAGCACUAAGCCUUUGUAUGUUGCCCUUGCCCAACGGAAAGAGGAGAGAAAAGCCAUUCUCACCAACCAAUACAUGCAGAGGCUGGCUACUAUGAGGGCCUUGCCUGGUCCACUCCUAUGCUCUUUCCAGCCUCCUGCGGGCUACUUCCUGCCCUCCAUUCCACAGCCACAGACUAGAACAACUUUCUACGGUCCUAGCCCAGUUGCCCCGGUUCGCCCUGCCCCUCGUUGGAAUACUCAGUCCUCCAGACCUCCUUCGUCCUAUCAUGCAGCCACUCCAAUGGUAAGAACCGGCGGGCCUCCUCGGCGCCUCCUCUCCAACAUCAGCACUAUGAGACAAGCCUCCACUCAGGUUCCCAGAGUACCACCCACUGGCCAGAGAGUGGCCAACAUUGGAACCCAGACUAUUGGUGCAAGGGCGCCCUCUUCUCCAACUUUCUCACGCGGUAUCUCGCAGUACAAGUAUUCGUCAGCCGUGAGGAAUGUCCAGCCCUUGGGCACAGUAACACCUCUGCCAAUGCAACAGGCUGUAGAACCAGUCAUUCAUAUCCAUGGACAGGAGCCACUGACAACAUCCAUGUUGGCUGCAGCCCCUCCUCAAGAACAGAAACAGAUACUUGGUGAACGUCUCUACCCUCUAAUUCAUGCAAGGCACCCCUCCCUGGCUGGGAAGAUUACAGGCAUGCUGUUGGAGAUAGAUAAUUCUGAUCUGCUACUUAUGCUGGAGUCACCAGAAUCCCUUCAGUCUAAGAUCGAGGAAGCGGUAGCUGUGCUUCAAGCCCAUCGGAUCUCUGAAGCAACCCACAAAAGCAGUUCAAUGGCAUUUCUCCCCUGAUGAAGGAAAAAGUGAAAAUGGACAAUCCCCACUGAAGAGAGCGGCAUCAAGGUGGAAAUCUUCAUGCUACCAUAUUUUGUGAAUAUCUGUAUAAACUAGUUGUUCAUGCAAAAAUCUAGCCCUAUCUGAAUUAUUUUUUUUGCAUUGAAUAGCCAUUAUAGUUACUUUUCCCAUACAUAAUCCUAGUAGGCCUGGUAUAUAUGAUAAUGAUGCAGUAGGAAGGUGAAAAUGAAACAAAACAAUUCUCUUGUGUUGAUUUUUUGGAAAUUAAUUUUUCAGUCCUGGUUCUUUUUUAGUAACCUUAAGCUUGAAUCAGUGCUAGGGGCCUGUAAUAAUAUUUUAUUUGUUCCUGCUGUUGAUUCGAUAAAAGAGCUGAAACUUCACUUCACCAACCUUUGUCUCCUUUUCU